GCUGAAUCCAACUACGACCAUUUAUUUAAAUUUUACCUGUGAGAUCUGAGAGAAAGAGGAGGCAUACUGUGAUAGAAAUAAGUUGGCUUCCUGGCAAGACGAAACUAUCGACGGCGCCGGUGUUCAGCAACUGCAAAAUGUCCGAAUUACCUGUAUUGAUUUACGACAAGCAGGAGUACAUCGAGACCGCAUCAGGGAACAAAGUGAGCCGUCGAUCUGUGCUUUGCGGAGCACACAACAUCGUUCUUAAUGGGAAAACCAUUAUUCAAUCAGGGGCAAUUGUUCGAGGAGACCUUGCUUCAAUUCGCGUAGGAAGACGGUGCGUGAUUUCGCAGAAUGUCGUUAUCCGCCCACCGUACAAACGAAUUUCAAAGGGGCUUACAUUUUACCCACAACAGAUCGGCGAUCACGUCUUCGUUGGCGAAGGUAGCGUGGUAAGCGCUCAGUCAAUAGGCAGUUAUGUCUACAUCGGGAAGAACUGUGUGAUCGGUCGACGCGCAGUGCUUCGAGACUGUUGCAUGAUUACGGAUGGCAGCGUGGUGAGUCCGGAGACCACAGUGCCAUCAUACGCCAUCUAUUCUGGAAACCCCGCACGCUACUAUGGUGAACUACCGGGACCCUGUCAAGACAUUCUGGCCGACUACACAAACUCAUACUAUCUCAACUUUAUCCCUCAAGAACAUCCAGUGGAGAUUAGGAAAUAGGUAGUCAACUGUCCUGCUUAUAUAGGGUUGUUCAAAAUGCUGGAUCUGUUACACAUUGUGACACAUACACGGUGUCUUCAGAGACGGGUAUUAUUGAAAGCCGCAAUGUAAGAUAUUCUCUACGCGAGUAUGAACGUGAAUAUUGUGUGAGAAGAGGACGAGGAUGAAUAAACACAGGAGUAAUAUAUCAAACGCGUAAAUAAAUGUAUACAUUUUAUAUACUUUAUAUACACAGUGGCACAUAUCUGCUACCAAUUAUUCACUUCUAAAAAGUUUCUCUCCUUUGCAGAUUUGUCAUUUACAGUUGUUUCAGGCCAAUUUAUGUUUUGCGCUUUAGAUGGUUAACAUGAGGCGUUGCUCCCUAUUCCUACUUAAAACGGUCAUAUGGGCAAGUGACACUUAAAAUAAGAGCAUCGGCAUGUCAAAACGGACCUUUUAAUGUUUCGAAUAGAGUUCAAUGGACUUGAAAAUACGCCAACCGAUAAUUAAUGAAAUCAUUUCUAACUUCGUUUCUAAAAGGAUAUAUUAACUUUAGCUAAAUUUGAUAAAGGACGUUUAUUACUCUAAUAGAAAUCGUAGCGUUUGUAUAUGGAAUAUGUAAAAAUCUAUAUCAGUAUUUAAAUUCACUUUCCUCUCCAUCUCCGGCUUUUUUUUUUCUAGAUUACUGUGCUUUAUUGCAAUCAUUACGUCUCUUUGUAUUAUUUGCUCGGUCCUUAUGAGCCUUCGUCACCUAGUUAACAUUUUUGAUUGCAACACAGUAUUUACUAUGACGUUAGUUUCCUAGGCCCCUAUUAAUUAAACGAACCUAACUGAUCGUGGCUGAUAAUCAAACCGGUCUUCGAAACCGGACUGAAAGCGGAAAAAGGUAAUAAGCAAAAAAGUAGUGAUAAACACAUAUGCGAAGAUUACCUUUUAAACAUACCAAACAAAUUGUAUUCAAACUAAGAAUACGGAUGACGUCAAUAGAUCCUUUUGAUGUGUUAAUUGAAACUGUAAUUUAGAUAAACUGUGCUUUAUACCUCAACCCGGAAUAUUUCACUCGUAUGCAGUCAUAUAAUUAGGCGUCUCUCUUCAUAUGAUGACAGCAGAGUACUCCACGUCUUUGCUGUAUUAUGUUUAACCGAAUUUUCAACUGCUUCUUAAAAUUCCUGCAGAAGUUGUUAACAGUUAUUGUAUUGGUGUGCGCCGGCUUUAAAGUUAGUACACGUCUUGACGUAACUAGCACAUAAUGCAGGUCGAGUUUGGUCGUGUCUGAGCCAGAAAGCAUUACGAGUACUGAUACUUCCUUCACUACCUAAUAUUAAAUAGCAUUGUGGUAUGAACUUAAUACUGAAUUAAAUUGAUUCAGGUAGUUAAUUCGUGCGGUGACUUUGAUAAAUUCAGAUUUUUUGCUCCCACUGACUUACUAAAAAGUUUGAUUGUUUCUAUUACCCUACCUAAAUAUUUGGUGUAAGCAAAUGAAAGGUAAUGUUCGACAGGCAGAGGGCACGGAUUAAUAAAUACUGAGUUCGUAGCCUAUAACGCCACAACUAUCAAACAUCGGUGUUAAAGCUGAGAAGCCCUAAACAAACUAGAAAUACCUCUACACACGCCCUAGAAAAUCAUAUAAUAGUAACGAUGAAUAAAACAUUUUAUAUUUCCCCCUGCAAAUGUUACGUUCUUUGCAACUACUGACGAGCUUGCAGAGUUACCCUUGUAGAAUACAAUUUUGCCAUGACCCUGCCGGCAAUUGCAGGCUCGUGAAUAACCAACAAUAGUACUUCAUUUGCUAAAAUGCAAAGAUUGUUUAUCUUGUUUUUCAUAUAGGGUGUGGUUUUUGUGUACCGGAUCGUGCGCCCAUUCAUGUGCAUAUACAUUGAUAAAGUUUGUUAAGCUUUUAACUGUAACUAUUUUUCUUAUUAAUUCAUCAUCGUGCUUGCUUUAUCGUAGCGCCCUCUCUUCAAGAUAUUUUCUCAGGUGCACGUUACAAAAGUCCGCCGAAUAAAAACGCGCAUAUUCAUCUCGUACGUGGCAUUACGUAUUGUAGGACCUAUGCGUAUCGAUGCUAUGUUUAUCAAAUAAACGUAUGCCAUCGCAUUAAUGCAAUAGGGUCGAUUUACUGCAGCAGUUUUGAAGGCACAUGUGCAAUUCUGUGUAUGUGCGGGAAGUUGUGCUGUCUACAAAAGUAAUAUUCCCGAGAUGUUCUGUUUUUGAUAUCUGAAAAUACGCAGGUCUGCUUUCGAUAUAGAAACUUAAUGCGAUCUGCAUAUAUAUACAAUAUAUAUAUAUAUAUAUAUAUAUAUAUUGGUCAUGUGGAUUGCUGGUGCAGUUGUCGGUCACGCGCUGUCGACCACUAUUAUAGGUAGAAUAAUAUUGCUGGAAAAUAUAAUUUGAACAGCGUCAAUAAAUAUAAGUUUCGUUUCUACCCAAUAAGGUGUCAACAGCCAAAUAUCAAGCCAAAUACAACAAGAAGAUAAACUCUACCGAUAGUCUUUGUCAAAUUGACUUGACUUGUAUAGACCCACAUGAGUAUAUUACCGUACACAUGGAAUAUAUUUUCGAUGAAUUUAUUGAAACACUAUUUCAUACAUUAUAU